AUGGUACAGUACUAUGGUAAAUUUAUACGUAAUUUGUCAAUGCUAGCAGCUCCGCUAAAUGCUUUAAGGAAAAAAGGAGUGGAGUGGCGUUGGAACGAAGAGCUUCAGAAGGCGUUUGAGAAAAUAAAGAAAAGAUUAACUGAAAUAGAUGUGCUGGCACAUUAUAACCCCGAUGUGCCAGUGGUAUUAGCUACGGACGCGUCAGAUUAUGGACUAGGAGCAGUUAUCUACCAUAAGUAUAAGGAUGGCAACGAAAAAUUAGAGAAGAAAGACUAUGCACACAUAGAGAAAGAGGCGUUGCCAUAG